UGACCAACUAAAAGUAGCCGAGUGAGAAGAGGCGCCGCCGUAAAAUGGGCCCGACCAAGUUGGACCCCUCGAACGAUCAGCAGCAGCGCGACCAAAACAAUCAGCACAAUUUGGACGACUUUGAGAUUUUGAAGACCAUUGGCACCGGCACCUUCGGCCGCGUUUGUCUGUGCCAAGAGAAGCAGCCCGGUGGCAGCGGCGCAUUGUCUGCCGGUGGUCCGUCGAGCAAUAAACAGUCGGAUGACAAUAAAACCAAAGGCGGCACAUACUGGGCGCUCAAGAUCUUGCUCCUCAAAGACGUCAUCCGUCUGAAACAGGUGGAGCACGUAAAAAACGAGAAGAGGAUUUUGGCUGCCAUCAACCACCCAUUCAUAGUCAGAUUGGAGUGGAGUCACCAUGACGACAAAGCUUUGUACAUGCUUUUGGAGUAUGUGUGUGGCGGAGAGCUCUUUUCCUACUUGCGGCACGCGGGUCGAUUUUCGCCCAAAACAGCGUGCUUCUAUUCGGCCGAGAUUGUAAGCGCUCUCGAGUACCUGCACUCCAAGAGUAUCGUCUACCGGGACCUCAAACCAGAAAACCUGCUCCUCGACCGCGAAGGUCAUCUCAAAAUCACAGACUUUGGAUUUGCAAAAAAGCUCACAGACAGGACGUGGACCCUUUGUGGUACACCCGAGUACCUGGCACCUGAAAUAAUUCAAAGCAAAGGCCAUAAUAAAGCAGUAGACUGGUGGGCAUUGGGUGUACUCAUGUAUGAAAUGCUUGCCGGCUACCCACCUUUCUUUGAUGACAACCCAUUUGGGAUUUAUGAAAAAAUAUUGGCUUGCAAACUUGAGUGGCCACGUACCCUAGACCCAAUAGCUAAGGAUUUAAUAAAAAAGUUGCUGGUUGCUGAUAGGACCAAGAGGCUAGGAAAUAUGAAAAAUGGUGCUGAAGACAUCAAAAGGCAUCGGUGGUUUAAAGUUUUUGAUUGGCAAGAUGUGAUUGGUAGAAAGUUAGAGCCCCCUAUUGUGCCUAAAGUAGACUCCGAUGGUGAUACGAGUAACUUUGAUGACUACCCCGAGCAAGCAGUGGACGAAUCCCCGGCUCUCACAGAAUCUCAGCUCAAGAUGUUCGAAGAUUUUUAGGAAAUCAAAAUUAAAAGUAUUCAAAACGCUCUCGCCAGCUGUUGCAGGCGUGAUCUUGGCGCACAAAUUUUGAAGGAAGCUCCCAAUGCCAUUAUAUUGUACACGUGUGACUUCCAAUGUAUUUGUAGAAAUUGAAGUUGCGCAAAUUUUCACCUUGAACAGCUGCAACUGUGCUCCUUAAAUGGGCAGUGAUCCUCUAUAGUAAGAUGUUUGAUUAUUUACAAGAUAUUUUUUCUUUACACUUUUCAGACUUUUUUCUCUUUAGUUGACAUAAGUUUUGUUGUCGUUUUUACUUCAGUUUUUACACUUUUUGUUAUACACUGUUAUGUUGGAUAGUAUUAUUUUCGCAAAGAUUUUGUGCAAAAUGUGCCGAUUUUUAUUGUAUACCUGAAUUGUUAUGCUAUAUUAAACAUAACGGUAGGCACAAAUAUUGAUAUUUAUUGUUAGCGGCGUUAAGCGGAAUUGUCUAAAUCUUUUUUCCUUCAAUUUUAUGCGGUGCAAAUUUGAGGGAAAUGAUUAUAAUUAUUAUUAUUGAAAUAUUCGGUAUCAUUAAUACUUGUUGAAUGGUCUGAUUUUUAUAACUUAACGUUUUUGCCUCAUUAGAAGUGCAUAUCAUUGUUUCACAGCCUUAACACGCAAAACAUGUGUGACGAGUAACAAGAAAAGUUAUAUAUAUGGUGGAAUAUAAUAAUAUAAAGAUAAAAGAAAACAAAGAUAAUAAAGGGAAAUAUUUAUUGAUUCACGUGUUAAGUGUAGUAGGAAAUAAAGUGUACUUAUAAACCAGAGAUCUGCAAUAUUUAGCAACAAGCAAUUUACUUAUAAUUUAUUUAUUUGUCUCUGCUAAAGUAGAAAAUAUCAAAUCCAGUCUUAUAUUUAGGGAAAAUGGAAUAAAUAUAUAUUUUCGGAGUGACCACUUUCAGGAAUUUCAACAAAGACUUGCGUCUUGUAGCACAAUAAUAAUACACAUUGCUACAUUUUAGAAAAUUUAUUGUUAGCCAUUGCGAGACGAUAAUGUAUAUAUGCAAAGCAAAAUUGAUGUCCAAGAUAAAAUCUGUAUUCCAUAAUACACCAUAAUUGCACUUAUUAUUAGAUGUGGAAAAACGCGUUUUAAGCUUACAGUCCAUAAUAUAUGUAGCCUGGGUUUAGAGAAUUUCAUCAAGGUAGAUAAAAACUGACGGAACUGUUCAAAAGUGAGAUUGAUAAUAAAAUUAAUUAAACCAUAGAAUA